CGGCUGGACGCCGCGGGGCCUGCCCUGCCCGUGCCCCGCUUCUUUUCCCUUCCCUUCCCCGGCCCGGCCCGGCCGAGCAGCGCCCUGAGCCCCGUCCCACGGAGCCGCGUCCGGCCCCGCCGCCGCCGCCAUGUCGGGCGCGGGCGGGCGCGCCGCGCUGGCGCUGCUGCUGGGGCUGGCGCUGCCCGGGCUGCCGCAGGCCCGGCCCCGCUACGAGCCCACCUGGGGCUCGCUGGACGCCCGGCCGCUGCCCGCCUGGUUUGACGAGGCGAAGUUCGGCGUCUUCAUCCACUGGGGCGUGUUCUCGGUGCCCAGCUUCGGCAGCGAGUGGUUCUGGUGGUACUGGCAGAAGGAAAAGAGAGAACCCUAUGUGAAAUUUAUGGACACAAAUUACCCACCUGGCUUCAGCUAUGAAGAUUUUGGUCCUCUGUUUACAGCAGAAUUCUUUGAUCCCAACCAGUGGGCAGAUAUUCUGAAGGCUUCAGGUGCAAAAUAUGUUGUUUUAACUUCAAAACAUCAUGAGGGCUUUACUUUGUGGGGGUCCAAAUAUUCUUGGAACUGGAAUGCUGUUGAUGUGGGACCAAAGCGAGAUCUUGUUGCUGAACUAGCAACGUCUGUUAGAAACAGGACUGACUUGCAUUUUGGGUUAUACCAUUCCCUGUUUGAAUGGUUCAAUCCUCUCUUCCUUGAGGAUGCCACCAAUGCCUUUAACACAAGCAAGUUUCCAACCAGCAAAUCAUUACCAGAACUCUAUGAAAUUGUGACCAAGUACCAGCCAGAAAUAAUUUGGUCUGAUGGGGAUGGAAAUGCUCCAGAUACUUACUGGAACAGCACUGGUUUCUUGGCUUGGCUGUAUAAUGACAGCCCGGUCCGGGACACGGUGGUGACCAAUGACCGCUGGGGAGCUGGCACCAUCUGCACCCACGGCGGCUUCUACACGUGCAGCGACCGCUACAACCCCGGGCACCUGCUGCCCCACAAGUGGGAGAACUGCAUGACCAUGGACCGCAGCUCCUGGGGCUACCGCAGGGACGCGCGCCUCCGGGACUACCUCCCCAUCGAGGACUUGGUGAAGCAACUUGCAGAAACAGUGUCCUGUGGAGGAAAUCUCCUGAUGAACAUCGGGCCCACCCAUGACGGCCGCAUCGCUGUUGUGUUUGAGGAGCGCCUGAGGCAGGUGGGCUCCUGGCUGAAGGUCAAUGGAGAGGCCAUCUAUGGAACGAAACCAUGGAGAGCACAGAAUGACACCAUCACACCUGGAGUCUGGUACACUUUCACCCCUAAGGAAGAGAAAGUCAAUGCUAUCUUCCUUAACUGGCCAGUCUCUGGGAUUCUGGAACUUGGUGAGCCACGGGCUAAGCCUGGAGAAACACAGGUGAAGCUGGCUGGAUACAGGGAGCUGCUGAAAUGGGUUGCCCUGGGAGAAAAGGGAAUGGUUAUUGCUCUACCUCAGUUGACUCCUCAGCAAAUGCCAUGUCAGUGGGGCUGGACCUUACAACUGACUCAUGUAGACUGAGCCAUACACUGCUGGAGUCCUGCCUAGCAGGGAGUGCUAAUGCUUUGCGCUUUCCUAUCACUGGUUUUAAACUUGUUUGACUGAGAAAGACCAAUAAAUUCACUUUUGCUAUGA